AUGGCGGAACAUCAGGAUCAAGUACCUCUUACUGGUGAUGGCGUUCAUGACACAGGAAUUGAUGUCAUUGUCGUCGGCGCUGGCUUUGGAGGUAUUGCCUGUGCAAUUGAGUGCAAAAGAAAGGGUCACCGAGUGAUGAUCCUUGAGAAAGUACAUGAAUUGAAGCACCUAGGCGACAUGCUGAGCCUUGGCGUAAAUGCUGGUCGCAUCCUGGCCAAAUGGGGCCUCCAUGACAAAUUGUGGGACGUCUCCGUCAACGCACGCGAACUUCACGUUCAUGAUUACCUCGGAGGUCUCAUUCAAGUGCAAGAGCUGUCCUUACCGCUUUUCGGAGCGUUCGCUUACAAUGGUCAUCGAGCGCUUCUUCACGAAGUCCUUUUGGAGCAUGCGAAGUCCUUGGGCAUCGAGAUUCGCAUGGGACAUCAGGUCGUAGAAUAUCGGGAGGAUGAAGCAAAUAGAAAGGCUGGUGUCAAAAUCCAAACAGGUGAAACGUUUGAUGCCGAUGUCAUCGUUGCUGCAGAUGGAGUGAAGAGUUUGGCGAGAAAAUUUGUUAUCGGGUACUGCGACAACCCCAAACCUUCUGGUUACGCUAUUUACCGAGCGUGGUUCGACGCUGAAGAGCACGGUAUUACGACAGACCCAUUGACUGACUUCCUGACCAUUCAUGGGGAUCAGUUGCACGCGUGGAUUGGUAAAGACGUGCACUUUAUAGCAAGUUCCUCCUUUGGAGGUAAAGUUAUUUGUUUUUUUAUCACUCACAAAGACAACACAGCUGUUGAUGGCGACUGGUCGUCCCCGGGUAAGAUAGAAGACGUACUCGACAUUGUGAAAGACUGGGACCCACGGUGCGCUGCAGUCGUCUCCAAAGCUCCCUCGUGCAUCGACUGGAAGCUUCUCGUACAUGACCCUCUUCCUACUUGGGUCAGCAAAUCUGGUCGCAUAGUAUUGAUUGGUGAUGCUGCUCACCCGUUCUUACCAUCAAGCAUGCAGGGCGCAUCUCAGGCCAUUGAGGAUGGCACAACUCUAGCAGUUACCCUGAAUCUUGCUGGCAAAAACAGUGUUCCACUAGGCACAAGGACAUGGGAAUCCAUCCGGUAUCAACGGGUGCGUGAUGCACAGCUGUUGGGGGGGACUACGCGUAAUAAAUGGCAUGGGGCUAAACCUGGUGACUCCGGGAAAAGUUUCGAGCUUCCCAUGCCAGAGUGGUUGCUGGCAUUCGACGCUGAGGCGUGCGUAUAUGCCACUUAUGAUGGCAUAGCUCAGUCUAUAGUUGAAGAUGGCUAUCGUCAGCCAUCUCGUCAGCCAUCUCUUUCUGGGGAUGAGUUGUCUCAACGUGGAUGUCGGGGACCACAUAUAGGCAUUUAA